UUCGGGAUGCCGCCUCCUACGCAGCAGCUAAAGGACGUCGCCGCCGCACAGGCCUCCAAGCCACCAGCAGGCGCGAAUGCUGCGGCUGCCGUGGCGCAGGCCGCACCAGUGGGCCCAGCCGCACCAGUGGGCCCAACCACUUCAGUAGAACAGCCGCGCCCUGCCGGCGCGAGAAGGGCUCCGCCUCGACAAGAAUUCAUACCGUCGAAUCCAAAGGCCGUUCUCUUCGGUACUGUGCCGAGUGGCGAGCAAGACGAGGUAGUGGCGAAACACUCGACCAGUCGGACCAGCGCCUUGAAGGACACAACUGAAAUCGCAACUGGCGUGUGGGAUGCGGAAAUCGGCGCCCCUCUGUCUCCCAGCCAGGAACGCAAGCGUCACCACGGCGUCCGGAGGCCUGCGGAGUUGCCCAUACUCCGUCUUCCUAAGUUCAUGCUAUUGUGGGCUCCCAUGAAAAUCAUUGGACUUCUGCGACCACAACCCACACGUGCCCGCCACGCUCCUACGCUGCGUCAGCUGCUGCGCGAAGUGCAGCACAAAGAACAGGAAGCUUUGAACCGUUACACCAAAGAGCGUCAGCGCCAAGUAACCGUGGUGUUGGUCAUCGCUGUGCUCUUUCUCUACUUCGUGGGAGUCGUCAGCGCCUACUUCUACUACGAGCUCACAGACCAGACGCCGGCCGUGCCGGGAAAGAGGCGGGUGCCCCUUCACCUGCUGAGAAGCACCAUCAAUGGAUCUGCAACAUCGUCGCCACAAGAGGCCCAGUGGCGCUCGGUCAAGCGUGCGGCUCGGGAGUUCUUUCGAAAGCACCUAAUCUAGAAAGUGGUGGACAAAGCCUCCAAGCUUGCAUGCAAACAGACGUCGUACCGUUAAUACGGUGCAUUUCUUAUCAAUGAUAACUUCCCCAAUGCGCUUCCCCUUUUUUGUGUGUGUAUGUGUUGCAACGACUGCGUUCAUUUAGAUAACUUGUCAUUGGCAUUAUUGUCAUUCUUUGCUCGCGUUGCCUGCCACCUUCGCUGCCUCUCUCGAUCACGCACUGAGGGGGCGUACCGAGUGAGCAGCACACUGUUUAGAAACAUGGCUGAGGCCCUGUUACCGGUUCAGAUAACAAGACUUUCUUAGUGAACGUGUGAUGAUGAAGGCAGUAUUGCCACCGUCCCCAUUUUGUCAGCAGUUCAAUCAAUGCUGAAUUGCAGACCCAUGUGGGCAUGCACCCUCACCUAUAUGGGCGGCAGCAUGGCUCCCGACAUGAUGUUUGGAGUGAACGUUUCCUCACGUUCGAACUAGAUUUUGUCAUUGAGCUCACGCAGUAGGUCCCACCAAGUGACUAUGACGAAAGGCACACACCUGAUCCGCUUAUAGCGCCAUGAGCAGGAGAAAAUAUCUGUGCCCCCAAGCAAUGACGUAUUCAAUUUUAACUCGUAUACGUUUAGUUUAGACGAAGUUCUCCAGUGAUAUCGAUUUACCCUGUCAUCAUACAAAAUAUUGCUUUAGAGGACGCUUCUUUUAAUGUACAUGUCACUUUCCUCACAUAUUAGCGGAACAAUUUACUAUUUUAUGGGUGAUUUCAAACUGUUUAUUCCAUUGCAUUGCCAAUGCUGAUAAAAAA